AUGUUGAUAGUAAUAAUAAUAAUAGUGACAUUAUUUUUUUUUCCCCCCACUAUAGGUGGAGCCCUGUUGGCAUACGAUUCAAAUUCAGGCACAAACUUCACAAGUAACUCAUCCCAAGGCUUCAGCUUCAUCUGCUUUCCUGAGGUUCACAGCUCGGAUAUCGCAGCCCCUCUUACAUUCUUACUUAUUGCUGCCAUCAUUUCCAAUGUGAUCUUGUUGUUCAUCAUCUUUAUUGAGCCAAAACUUCACCAUCCAAUGUAUUACUUCCUGGCUAUGCUGGCCAUGGUGGACAUUCUUCUCUGCACUGUCACCACACCCAGAGUUUUGCUUAUCCUCUGGACAGAAUAUAAAACCAUAUCAGAAAGUGCCUGCUUUAGUCAAAUGUUCUUCAAUACCUACUGGUCAGCCAUGGAGUCUUCCAUAUUUUUAGUCAUGGCCUAUGACCGGUAUGUGGCUAUCUGCAACCCUCUUCACUACCCUACCAUCAUCACCAAUAAACUUGUGGCCAAAGCUUGCGUGUUCAUUGUUGUCAGGAACUUGGUGGUCGCAUUGCCGCCUCCUGUACUGGCAGCAAGACUUGACUAUUGCGCCAGUAGACAGAUUCGUCAUUGCUUCUGCGAGAAACAUGUCUGUAGAGAAGCUUUCAUGCAGCGACUACACCGCAAGCAGCAUCUUUGGGUUGGUGUGCUUCUUGUUGUUCGGAGGAACAGACGUUUUUCUUAUCAUGGUUUCCUAUUUCCUCAUUCUCCGCAUAGUAGUGAAAGCUCGCUCCUUCAGCGCUGCCUCCAAAGCCUUCCGCACAUGCGGUUCCCACCUUAUCGUAAUAUGUAUAUUUUACUUUACCGUGGCCUCCACGAUAGUGUCCAGUCGGACACUCCAGGAGCUCCCCCGUCCCAUUCAUGUAAUAUUUUAUAUCUGCACUCCCUUUUGCCUCCAUUGUUGAAUCCUCUUGUGUAUGGUAUGCUGACCAAGGAGAUUAGAAACUCUGUAAAGAAGAUGAUUGGAAAGAUAAAGAUUCAUCCAUGA